AUGGACCCGAACACAUUGUUGCAGUGCUUCGCUGGUACUUUGAAUCAUGACCAUAGUAUCCGUACAGAGGCAGAAUCCCAACUUAAAAUAGCAGGAGGGACUCCUGGAUUUCUAGGAGCAUGCUUGGACAUUAUAUCUGCCGCAGAUAUUCCAGACAAUAUAAAGCUGUCUGCUUCUUUAUACUUUAAAAAUAAGAUCUUAUAUGGAUGGAGUGGGAAGAAGCAUGGUAAAAAUGAACUUCUGGACUUUACAGUUGAUAACGACGAGAAACCCGUGGUCAAAGACAUGCUUGUUAAAGCGCUUGUCCAGUCAUCCAUCUAUUCUCCUAAUUGUAUUAGACUUCUGCAGCCGGCCCUCAGUACCAUUGUCGGCGAGGACUACCCUCAAAAGAGAUGGGAUUCACUUCUCGACAGCUCUUUUGGAUUGAUGGACUCCAAUGACAUCAACUCUGCCCAUAUCGGCCUUUUGUGCCUGAGUGAAAUUUUCAGAACAUACAGAUGGAAAGACAAUGACUCAAGACAGGAAUUAGAGCAUAUUAUUGUGAAAUUCUUUCCUCCACUGUUAGAAUUUGCAACGUCGAAUUUACUGAGCGAGGGAAGGAAUGUUGAGAAUGCGAAAGUGGGCGACAUGGUUAAGCUGGUCCUAAAAAUUUACAAGUUUGUGACCUAUCAUGACUUGCCCUUUACGCUUCAAAGGCCUGAAAAUUUCAUUUCUUGGGCCAACUUCCACGUUGCCAUAAUCCAACAAUCCCUACCGACUCAAAUAUUGGCGUCUAUGGACACAGAAAGUCGAAAAAGUUUCUCUUGGAUCAAGUCUAAAAAGUGGGCGUAUGCAAACAUGUCAAGGCUUUUCCAGAGAUAUGCCUCUACUUCGCUUUCUCGCAAAUUUGCGUAUGACGAAUUCAAGACGCUAUACCUUCAGGAGUUCCUGCCACAGUUGCUUCAAUUGUUCUUCCAGCAGAUAGAACAGUGGAGCAGUAAGUCUCUGUGGCUAAGUGAUGAGGCUAUCUAUCAUAUAUUGGGAUACAUUGAACAAACAGUGAUACAAAAAGCGACAUGGCCAUUGGUCAAGCCACAUUUCACCAUAAUUCUAGAACAUGUCAUUUACCCGCUUCUGUGUCCCACUGAAAAAACAUUAGAGACUUUCGAAAGUGACCCUCAAGAGUACAUUCAUAGAAAUUUGGAACUUUGGGACGAUAAUUAUUCUCCUGAUUUUGCAGCCUUAUCUCUGUUAAGUACAUGCGUUACUAAACGCGGAAAGUCAACUCUCGUGCCCACUGUUCAAUUUGUGACUGAGAAGCUUAAACAGGAUCUCAACGAUUUCAAUAACUCUGAAAAAGUGAUCAAAGCGGAAUCCUCUUUGAGAAUCAUUUCAAAUAUACUAGAUCGGCUAUUCCAAAAAAAUUCCGCAUUCGCCAACGAAGCAGAAGAUAUAUUAUCGAGCUUUGUGUUUCCUUUCUUUUUGUCCUCUCAAGAGUUUCUGAAGGCUCGCGUUUGUGAGAUCUGUUCCAAGCUUGGCGAUUACCAAUUUAGAAAUGAACAUAUCCUGCAAACAAUUUACAACGGCAUUAUAUCCUGUUUCAUGCAGGAUUCUGAUUGUCUUCCCGUUGAGCUGCUGGCUGCUCUUGCAUUACAGGCUUUUAUACAUGUUCCUCAAUUCCAAGAACCCAUAUCUGCAAACGUGGUACAAAUGACUCAAAAGCUUCUCCGGAUUUCGAACGAAAUUGAGUCAGAUGCCAUUUCGGGCGUUCUACAAGAGUUUGUUGAAUGCUUUUCGGAACAGCUGCAGCCCUUCGGAAUUGAACUGAUGAAUGAUUUAGUGCAGCAAUUCUUAAAAUUGGCCAUUGACCUUCAAGACUCUUCCAACUUUGACAUCAACCUCAUAACCGAUAAAUCAGACUUACCAGACGAUACUGACAAGCAAAUGGCGGCGCUAGGAAUUUUGUCAACGGCCAUAUCUAUCCUUCUUUCUUUUGAAAAUUCUCACGAAAUCGUCAAGAGCCUCGAACAGUCGUUCUACCCUGCUGCUGAGUUUAUUUUAAAAAAUCAAAUGGAGGACUUUUACGGUGAAGUUUGUGAGUUCCUUGAGAAUUCGACAUUCUUGUUGAGAGACAUAAGCCCAAUAUCAUGGAAAGUGCUUGAGCUUAUUGGCGAAUGUAACAGAAAGGAUGAAAGCAUGGUUUCAUUUUACUUGGAUGACUUUAUGGUGGCUUUCAACAACUACCUCGUUUACGGACAAGAUGAACUAAAAAAGAACCAGUUUUACUCAAAUAUUUUGUUUGAAGUCUACACUAAAGCGACGGUAUCGGAUGAUAACGGCCUGGAUGAAAUGGUUUCCAUCUUUGAGCUUUCUCAGAAGCUUGUGCUUGCAUUGGGUCCACAGACGCCCAACGAAUACAUUGAGCGUUUUUUGGGAGAUGCUCUAGCUUCUAUCAAGAGCGAGGCUCAGCAUAUUAAAGAGAACAUUUCGUUUUCGGUUUCUGCAUUUAAUGUCAUCUGUGCCUGCUUGACUUGCUAUCCUUUGAAUACAAUCAACAUUCUCAACGCGAGCGGCGCCUUGGAGAGUUUCUUUAGUAUGUGGUUUGAAUUUUUUGUUCCCAACUACAAAAGAGUCUACGAUAUUAAGCUUUCAGCCAUGGCAUUGCUUGCGCUAGUCAAUGAGGUGGAGUUACAAGAUCUUGUCUCACUAUCUGUGGCAAACGUGCUACCCAAAUCUUCUUCCAUGAUUGUUAAGUUGCUGACCACUUUCCCACACGCGCUAAAAGCUUUAGAAGAAAAGCGUAAAGAGUAUUCGUCGGAUACUUUACAAGAGGGGGCCAAUAUCGAUUGGGAGGAUGCUGGACAGUUCGAUGAUGCUAGCGACGAAGACGGAGAAAAUGAUGAGGAGUAUCUUGAAUUUUUGAAUAAAGAUCUGAAGUUUGUUGAAGAAGAAACGAAUGGUUACGAACCGGCUGAGAGCUUUGAAGACCUGGAGGAAGAUCCUCUCUCGGGCUCUGUCAUAGAUUCUAUCAACGUUUACCAAGUUCUCAAAUCUGUCAUUUCUGCACUACAAGGAGAUCAAGUUAAAUACCAGGCUUUCACAUCUGGCCUAUCACCUGAGGACCAGCAAACAUUUCUCCAGCUUGUAAAUCUAUAG